AUGGAAACGCGGUCACAACUUCCAAACAGCCUCGGCUCGCAGCGGCUCCUUACUCCGCUUCACAAUGAAUUUAGAAGUUUCCUCCGUUCUCGUGAGAAACGAUCAGCAAUCAACAAAAUUUGGGGUCAAGACAGGGUACCAUACAAAAAACGGCCACAUCUCCCAGAUCCCUGGACUGUCCCCAACCACCAGCACUCUUCCUGAGGAGAGGACCCGAGGGCGAAGAGCUGGAGUCCUAGAGAGUGAUUCUGAUUAUGUCAAGCUUGCAAAACAAGGAGGGCAUAAGGGACUUCUGUGGCACGAGGAAUCAGUUGUUUCUAAACCCAGUUCAUACAAACCUCCAGACUGGUUUUGCUUUGAAUCAGGAGGAAUCAGUGAAGCAAGUGAAGAGAAGAAAAACCCUGGAGCUUUUCAGCCACUAGAACCUCCCUUUGGGACUGACAACAUGUCAGCCUGGGACGGAGAAAACAGCAGCAACAAUGAACAAGAUAAGGACGAUAUUCCUGUUCACCACAGCCAGGCGGAGAAGUUGCAGGCAUCCAGUCAAUAUCAUGAGACCAGCAAAUUCAGGAGGAUAGUAUUUGAUAAGAAACCAGCCCCUGUUGACAUGUCAAAGCUGCUGAGCUUUGGUUAUGCAGACGACAACAAACCAGUACAAUGAUGUGGCAAAUCGGAAGACUGCCAGGUGCCUGGAUGGGCGAAGGAUGUACAAAGUUCGUGCUGAGUCACAUCGAGCAUUUUCAUUUCUUUCAGUUAUUUUGUCCUGUUAGAUCUUUCACUCAAACAUUAAAGUGCUUCACUGGAUUACAGACAGGACCUUUUAAUUAUUGUGCUUGUUAGUGCUGCACUUGAAGGCACCAGCUGACGCUUGUGUUAAGUUUUUUUUUUUUUUUUUUUUUCUGUGUCGGUAAGUCUGUCA